AUGGCUACUGUUACUGCACGGUUUGGACGAGCUGGGAAUGCGGGUGCGUCGGCUAUUAUUACGCAGUGUCAUACUUGUACGGCUGGGAACUGUCCGGAUGAUUGUGAUGUUGUGGAGUCUGAAGAGGAAGAGGAGGAGGGGGAGGUUGAAGAAGAAGAAGAGGCAGAAGAAGAAGAGCAAGUUGAAGAACAAGGUCCGGUGGAAGAACAAGAAAUGGCGGAGGGAGAACAGCCAGUCGAGGGAGAAGAACCAACCCAAGAACAGAUUGAGCAGGGGGCGGGCGAUGAAGGCGAUCAAGGAGAGCCAAUGGAUGGCGAGGUUGACGAAGCAGAGGGCAGUGAGGAACAGGCUGACGACGAUGGGGAAGAUGAUCUUGACGCAGACCCAGAAUUCGAAGAGCCGGACGACACUCAGGAUGAGGACUUCAAUGAGUUGUACGACGUUUCUCCGCCUCUUAGGCGACGUCGGUGA